AUGGCUGACCAGCUGACCGAGGAGCAGAUCGCAGAGUUCAAGGAGGCCUUCUCCCUCUUCGACAAGGACGGGGACGGCACCAUCACCACCAAGGAGCUGGGGACGGUGAUGAGGUCCCUGGGACAGAACCCCACUGAGGCCGAGCUGCAGGACAUGAUCAACGAGGUGGAUGCAGAUGGGAAUGGGACCAUUGACUUCCCCGAGUUCCUGACCAUGAUGGCCAGAAAGAUGAAGGACACGGACAGCGAGGAGGAGAUCCGAGAGGCCUUCCGUGUGUUUGACAAGGACGGCAAUGGGUAUAUCAGCGCUGCAGAGCUGCGCCAUGUCAUGACGAACCUGGGCGAGAAGCUGACCGACGAGGAGGUGGACGAGAUGAUCAGGGAGGCCGACAUCGACGGGGACGGCCAGGUCAAUUAUGAAGAGUUUGUACAGAUGAUGACUGCAAAGUGA